CCAAAACCGCAAAACAUUAUCUCUGAGAAAACUUUAAAUUUUCUCACGAAUGUUUACUGAAUCUGUGAUUAGAUUUUCUCAAUUGAUCGGCGAAUGCGUCAUCAUCGUCUCCGUCGUCGUCUUCUCUCUCCGUCUGUUCCUUAGAUUCGCUUCCUUCCUCGCGAGCCGUCCAUGGCGUCGCUACCGUACAUUCACGAUUCGCCGCCGGAGAUGGGGGAAGAUAACGGCGGAGGAAGAACAUUCAUCACCGUACUGUGCGAUUUGUCUCCAAGACGCGGCGGAGGGAGAGAAGAUGAGGAGGUUAACGGCGUGCAGCCACUGUUUCCACGCCGAUUGCAUCGAUCCGUGGCUGGAGAAGCGGUCCACGUGUCCUCUUUGCAGAGCUCAGAUCCCGCCGGUGCCGCCGGGAAAUCCUCUGAUUGCGUUAAUUGUUCCUCCCGGCGUGAUCGAGUUGUUCACCAAAGGAACCAUCGUCUCCGAUGCGUAGGCUUUAGCUCUUUUCGUCAUCAUUACAUUCAUUAAUUUAUUAAUGAAGACUUAAACUGAGUGUAUCAAUUUCUUAGAUUGUUAGACGAAUUUUUUUUAUUUAAAAAUAUUUAUACAGACACAUAGUCGUGUAAUUCUCAAUGUAUUUAUUGUACUUAUCACUCAGAAAAAAAAGGCAAAGUUUCACUACAAAAAACUUCUAAAUUUAAUUUCUUAUCUUUUGGGAAAAAAAAA